CAUGGCACUAGUGAGUCCACAUAGGCGGCUACAUAAAAAAUCAGCAUCAACCCAUACCUUAGUACUAGUAUAUUAGAAAAACUGCGCGAUAGGAUAAGGUGAAGUGAAGGACUCCGAUUGUUGACUCACGCAACUUAACUUCUCUUCGUCUUCCAGAGACGUGAAAAACUCACCCAUGGCAACCGUUCCUUUGGCCUCAGCUGUUCUAAGAAGGCUUGAGGGUAAGGUGGCUCUGAUCACCGGUGGUGCUGGCGGCAUUGGCGAAGCCACCGCAAGACUCUUCUCCAACCAUGGAGCUAAAGUCGUAAUAGCUGACCUCCAAGACGACAAAGGUCACUCGAUUUGCCAGGAGUUACCCAAAUCAUCUGCCUCUUAUGUUCACUGCGACGCGACAAAGGAAGAAGACAUAGAAACCGCCGUGAACACGGCGGUUUCCACUUACGGUAAACUCGACAUCAUGAUAAACAACGCUGGCAUAUCCGGUGCGAAUAAAACCAACAUACUUGAAAACACGUUAUCUGAAUUUCAACAAGUGGUUAACGUGAACUUGGUUGGUGUCUUUCUUGGAACAAAACAUGCUGCAAGAGUAAUGAUCCCUGCUCGACGAGGUAGCAUAAUUAACACAGCUAGUAUUGCUGGAAACAUAGGUGGUACGAUGAAUCAUGCUUACACAAGUUCAAAGCACGCCGUUGUGGGGCUGACGAGAAACACGGCGGUCGAGCUUGGACCGUUCGGUAUUCGGGUGAAUUGUGUGUCGCCAUAUAUUGUUCUCACGCCGAUGUCUAAGAAAUACUUGGAGCUAGAUGAUGAUGGGAUUCUAGGGUUUUAUUCUAACCUAAAGGGUACUAAUCUUUUGCCAAAGGAUGUGGCUGAAGCUAAUCUGUACUUGGGAAGUGAUGAAUCUAAGUAUGUAAGUGGUCACGAUCUCGCUGUUGAUGGAGGAUGUUCGGUUGUGAACAAUGGAUUUUGUGUCUUUGGACGAUCUGUCUGAAACUAUGUGUUCUUUGAUGUGUGUUUAGGCCAUGAAACUAUAAUAAAGUAGUUUUCUUAUAAACUUAGUUCAUUGAAGUAUUUUCCUGGGAAGAGUCCUAAAUAAAAAAGUAUAUUUAUGUUGGGUGUCAAAUGAGUGAACACAAUAAAUGAAGCUAAUCUGCUUGUCAAGCCAAUGAGCACCAGUAUCGAUUUCAGUCGACAAGAAAGUCUUCUUAUUGCGCUCUGCAUGUCAAUGUUUCAGAAUUGUCUGUUUAUUCUUCAACGGAAAUUGGAAAUUCUGUCGGUUGUAUUCUCAAAUAGAAGUUUUCUGAGUUUUUUCAAUUGAUGUUACUUCUGCAGAUUAUUUUAGUGCAAGAGAAAAAUAUUCGGAGAUUGAAUGAGAUUGUAAGGCAUCUGCAGGAACAAUUGCAACAAUGUAGAAGCACUAAUAAUGGUACAACAAAUAGCACUGUUGCAAACGUAUACUAGAGACUGAUCAAUGGUAAUAUCAUUAUCCUUUAGUGGGAUACGGCUUGAUUGUUGUUGUAACGUUGUAAUCUUGAUGGUAAUGUUGUAAAGUUGUUUUCUUAAGUGCUUUGAAAGGAAAUGUUACAAAAAAAUCUGCUUCACACUGUAUAUUGUCGGAAAUAUUAUUAUUUCCAUUUCAAUACACGUCCAACAUCAAUGAAAAAGAAAUUGCAAUGUGUUUGAAAGUUCA